CUUAAAGUUAUUUUUAGUGCGUUAACCUCUCUCGAAGUUAACCCUGAACUUUUGUGCAAGAGCAAGACAUAAGUGCAAAGUUUGAAGUUCGCCGGUUUACGUGGAUUGUCUUCACUCUUCAAUUUACAUACAUUACCUAUUAUUUCCGAAAAAUUGUGUAAGCAUAGAAGCUAAGAAUGUCUGAAGAAUCUAAAGUUCGUGCCUUCUAUUCCGGGAAAAACUUUUUUAUAACCGGUGGAACGGGCUUUGUCGGAUUAUGUUUGAUUGAGAAAAUACUACGAUGUAUUCCCGAUGUCGGCAAAGUUUACUUACUUAUGAGACCAAAGAAAGGAAAGGAAAUUAAUGAGAGACUUAAGGAGUUCCACACGAAUCCGGUUUUUGAGAAGCUUCUAGAGAAAGAAACCGUGGAGAUAUUUAACAAGCUGGUGCCCAUUGCUGGUGAUGUUGGAUCAGAUGAUUUAGCCAUUAGUCCAGCCGACCGGCAGGUUCUUAUUGACAAUGUUAAUGUUGUCAUCCACUCAGCUGCCACUCUAGACUUUGAAGAGAAUCUACGACCCACUGUUAACAUCAAUAUAUUAGGUACUCGGAGAAUUACAGAGCUGUGCCAGCAUAUCAAGAAUUUGAAGGUGUUGGUGCAUGUAUCUUCUGCAUAUGUAAACUCAUAUCUAACAGAAACUACAGAGAAGCUGUAUGAUGCCCCUGCAGAUGUUGAGAAGGUCAUUGAACUCUCCAAAACCAUGUCCGAUCAAGCUCUACUUGACAUAGAAAAGGAGGUACUGAAGGAUCAUCCAAACACAUACACGUUCACCAAGCACCUGGGUGAACAUGAGGUCAACAAGUGUGCAGACAAGUUCCCCUGCACUAUUGUCAGACCAUCCAUGAUCGUGGCGUCGUGGAAGGAGCCCAUCCCCGGCUGGACCUGCUCUAAAGUCGGCCCUCAAGGAUUCCUCAUGGGUGCUUCGAAAGGCGUGGUGCGACGUCUGCCGAUGUGCGAGACGAACAUAGCGGACUACAUCCCCGUCGACGUCGUCGUCAACCAGCUGCUAGUCGCAGGGUGGAAGGCGGCCCAGGACAAGUCCGGUCUGUCGAUCUACCACUGCACGUCGUCGACGCAGCGGCCGUUCCGCUGGGGCUCGCUCAACGAGAUGAUCAACAACUACAUGCACGAGAACCCGCUCAAGAGCGCCGUGUGGUACCCGCACCUGUCGUUCGUGCCGUCGCUGCUGAUGUUUCGCAUUUCCGCCAUCUUUGUCCACUUCCUGCCCGCUAUCUUGUUGGACACAGUUUUGAGGUUAACCGGCGGGAAACCCAUUUUAUUCCGUCUGCACAAGAACGUGUGGAACUCGCUGGGUCGGCUGGAGAGGUUCAUCUUCACGGAGUGGCGCUUCCACAACGACCGUACACGACAGUUGGCGCAGGAGUUAAACGAUGCUGAUCAGAAGCUGUUCUUUAUUGAUAUCGCGGAGUUGAACUGGGAUGCAUACUUCAAAAACCUGUACUUGGGCGUGCGGAAAUACCUGAACCGAGAGAGUGAGAAGACUAUUCCGGCUGCCAGGAGCAAAGACAACAUGCUGUACUACGCGCACAUCGUGUGGCAAGUGCUGGUGAUCUGGCUGCUGUGGGUGCUGGUGGCGACGGCGCUGCGAGCGACCCUCCUCACCACACCCUGGGCGCCGGUACUCAUAUACUUCCUGUAUAGCUUCUUAUAAGUAGUUAAUGUAAGGGCUGUAUUACACUGUAGUAAAAUUUUAUGAGGUUUUUGAUAUUUCAUUGGCCACCAAGUGCCGCUAUGUAAGCCGUAGGGUCUAUCUAGGGUAGCGUCCGCGUCAUGCCGAUUGGACGAUAGGAAGGAUGGUGUAUUUCCACCAAGGCUGAAUAGCGGUACCUGGUGGCAAAUAGAAUAUCAAAAACUCUAAUAGGC